AUAAACAAACAGCUGCGCGCUUACGUGAAACGUCAAAAGAAAACAAAAAAAUCGCCUUUGGUGGAGAGCACCUCAUUUACUCAUCGCGGUGGUUUCCUCGCCGCCUCAUUUGCUUUCAAUCGCUUUUAGUUGGACCGCUUGACGGCGCUACACUUCAGUUUCGUUUUAAAGCGCAAGCCGAUCGUUUGCUUUCAAUUUGCGAGUGAGUGGGUGAAAAGUAAAAGUUUUAAUUGGAAUACACGACAGUAAAUAAUACACAUAUAAUCACAAUGAAGUCCUUUUCGCUGUUCGCCGUGCUGUUGCUGGUCCUGGCUGCAUUCGCCACGCUGACUCAGGCCUCAUUCUGUCCUUGCGAUCUCACGCAGAAAGGACAAAUAUGCGGCUCCAACGGCAUUACGUACAAAAAUCGUUGCGAGUUCGAGUGCACGCAAAAAGACUACAAAAAGCUGGGCCGCACGUUGAACAUUGCCAAGACGGGUCCCUGCUAGGCGCCACUUAAUUCGGGGUUGGCGAGAGGUGUGGCAUAUUGAAAGGCAGUUGGUUACAGGUGGAAUUGGCAGCUGACAGCAGCGUUGGGUGGGAGUGCGGUUUGGUGUGAGGUGGCAGGAAGUCUACAGGAAGCAUUGGUGUUUUCACGGGAAAUUAAGUGAAAGAAAGGUGUGCGCAACGUAUUACAUACAUACAAACGUUAUACUGUUCACCAGUGAAGUGGUGCAAACAUAUAUGCACAUGUAGUUUUAGUUAUCUUGAGAUUUCGAGCACUUUUCGUGUUUACAUUAUCAAUUAUAAAUGAGCUAAUAAAUAAUUACCAAACCAA